CAGGCAUUUGUAUUAUGAGUCAUACAUGGCCGUACCAAACCCCUAAUAAUGUGAGGGUAUACCAUUUUUCUUCGCAGCUGCAUGUAAAACUCUCGUAUGAGGAGUUGCCAAUCCUAUUAGCCUGAGCAGAAAUGGCACCGCCAGCUCAGCCAGAGCUCGAUGCGCUCGUUACCCGCGUAUUGGAGCAGCUCUCCGAAACCCCGUAUUCUUGCUCUUCUCUCACGCGGCUCGUCAACGGCACUACUAACUUCGUUUUCCGCGGCAUUCUUACCCGGCCUCUCCCCCUCGGAGAUGACAAACCUGUCGAGACUGUGAUUGUCAAGUACACCGCCGACUUUGCCGCACUCAAUAAGGACUUGCCUAUCGAUGCUUCUCGUUGUGUAGUUGAGGGGUCUAUUCUGAAUCUUCUGAACAACUUACCUGACGGCUCCCUAGUCAGAACGCCGCAUCUUUACCUCUUUGAUCAAAGCACAAGCACCCAGGUCCUGCAGGACAUACCAGAUGCCGUGGAUUUGAAGACGAUCCUUGUGUCGCCCACGGCCAACGUCCCCCUCUCCCAACCUCUCGCCACGUCAAUUGGCUAUGCUUUGGGCUCCUGGUUGCGUUCCUUCCAUUCGUGGGCCUCGACACAGUCGCGAGACGGGGCUCAUAGAGGUGCCGAAAUCGGCCCCAACGAGCCUAUGCGGAAAUUGAAAUAUCUAGUCACCUACGGCAGCUUCAUCGGCAACCUCGAGCAGUUUCCGGACGUACUCGGGGACCAUAGGAAGACGCUGGAAGAGGUCAAACUAAUGGCUGCUGACGAGUUCGAGAAGUCGGGGGCGGAUGCGCACGGGGACGAGUGGGGAAUUAUCCACGGCGACUUUUGGUCGGGCAACAUCCUCAUCUCGGAAACCCAGACGCGAGACGAAGCGCCGGGGCUCUUCGUCGUCGACUGGGAGUUCGUCCAGUUCGGCCACCGGGCCUACGACCUCGGCCAGAUGGUGGGCGACCUCUGCGAGCGGAAGCACUUCCAGGACGCGCAGGCGGCCGCGUGGGCCGUCGACGCGUUCCUCGCGGGCUACGGCGCGGUGGCGGACGACGUGGCCUUCCGCGCCGCCAUCCACGCCGGCGUGCACCUGAUCACCUGGCUGGCCCGCGGCCCGCCGCUGGCCAUGCGUCCGGCCUGGGCCAGGGAGCGUGCCGCGGGCGCGGUGAAGCUGGGCCUGGACAUGGUGCUGAGGGGCUGGGCGAGGGACAGGGAGUGGUUUGCGGGCAGUGGGCUGGCGGGGUUGUUCAGCUCGAGGUGACUUUGGACGGAUACCUGAUAUUCGGUUAGGUUCGUCUACUGAUCACGCACGUCAUUGCUCCGAUCGCUGUCGCAAUCGUAAUGCAUAGGUCGUUCUCCUUCCCUUGAAGAGGAGCAGCGUGGGCACGCUGUUGGUAGGGCGUAUUCGGAAAGACCACACCCGUCAACAGCUGGCCCAAGUGCCUAUCGACAGGAAUACAGCUAUAACGGCAGUGUGACAGCCGUAUCUAGUAGUUGUGUGUGAUAUAGAGAAGAAGGUAAAAAUAUGCGAGACCUAAUAUACCUACCUAUAACUAACUACCUAUAACUACCUACCUGGCUAAAUAUACCU